AUGUAUAUACGAAUAAAUAUCCCAAUUAUCACAUUGCUCUUUAUUGCUGAAAUCGUGCAAGCACACUUUUAUAAUUGGUUAUCACUCGCACUUUCUUCAACAUCAUAUUAUUCACCUUCUUACUAUGGGUCCUCGAAUCAUCAACAAUAUAAGAUGCUUUGUGAACGACUACCUGGUUUGAAUCCGAUUCAGAUCACUAUUUGUCAUCAGCAUCCUUUUGCGAUGCCCUCAGUAGGCCGUGGGGCUCGAGAUUCAGUCAUUGAAUGCCAAACACAAUUUAAAUAUGAAAGAUGGAAUUGCUCAGAAAGGAUCAAUAGAAAUCCUAAUAGCUCUGCCACAGGAUUUCAGGACCUUCUUGGUCGUACGAUGAGAGCAGGUAUUGUCCAUGCAGUUACCAAAGGUUGUAGUACAGGGAAUUUGACUGAAUGUGGCUGCGACAAUCAACCUGGAGUACAACGAUAUACUGACUUGGAUCAAUCUCUAUUUAUUGGACGUGAAAAAUUCUCUUGGGGUGGAUGCUCAGAUAAUUCGAAAUAUGGUGUUCAUUUUGCGAAACAGUUCUUGGACCGAUAUGAGAGAGAUCAAUACGAAAAAGACAAAGAUAUACGCCAUUUAAUGAAUCUGCAUAAUAAUUUCGUCGGUAGAGAGGCAAUUGUUCAAAAUAUGCGAAAACAGUGUCGAUGUCACGGUGUUAGCGGAUCAUGUGAAUUUAAAACAUGUUGGCUUCAAAUGCCAAAAUUUAAUGAAAUUGGAGAAAUGCUCAAACAACGUUACAAUCAUUUUGCUGUGCAAGUUGCCAAAAGGGCAAAGAAAAGAUUACGUAGAAAAGAACGUUCAGAAAGAAAGAAACCAUUAAGGGGCAAUGAAAUUGCAUACAUCCAUAAAUCACCGAAUUAUUGUGAAAGAGACGAUUCGGAAGGCAUUUUGGGCACAAAAGGCCGAGAGUGUAAUCAGUCAUCAUUGAACUCAGAUAGUUGUGAUUUACUCUGUUGUGGACGAGGUUACAAUACGAAAGAAGAAUCACGUAUAUCUCAGUGUCAUUGCAAAUUUGUUUGGUGUUGCUCGGUGAAAUGCAAGACAUGCACUGAAAAAGUGCUUGUCCAUACAUGUAAAUGA